AAAAAAAAAGAGAUACGACGAAAGAAAGCUCUUUCUCCUCUGGGGGGCUCACACUGCCUCCCGCAACACGCGGCGAAGCGAACUCUCACGGCUCCGACACCGUUCUCUUCUCCUUUAUCUCACUUUCUCCCUCAAUUCGCUGCAUAAAUAUGCAGAGAGCACGCAUAACGUAACCAAAGAUCCGAUUUUUAUAAAAUCCAAAGCCUUGAAAAGCCCACCGCUUUUUUCCCCUCAUCCGUUUCUCGUAGAUUCAUCUCUCUCUCUCUCUCUCUCCCUAUGUGCUUAGUCAGCAUCAAAGCGUUUCACUUCAGCUCCCUCCUCUGCUUCCAUUAACUGAUCCGGGCGAUUAAUAAAUUCAGAUAUGUGUUAUCGCUCCCCAUUACGAGACACAUCAUUGAUGCUUGCGAUGGCUCUGUAUUUAUAGGACUCUGCGUGGGGGGGAUUAUUCACGGCUCCUCUCGACAUUCUGUAGAUGAAGUGUGCGUCUUUCUGUGAUCCUCGGCCCCCUCCUUGAUUCCCGAUAUCUUCUUUAAUUUCCCUCUUCGGGGUGCCCCUGUUUUCGGAUAGCAUGACUUUUUGUGCUUCUGCAAAUAUGGAAGGUAUCCCUUUCCUUUAUUUUCUAGCUUGUUGAAGCACAUGCCUUUUUCGGGACCAGCACGAUGGUGAAAAGUCAUUUGGGUGCGUGUCGAAGUCGUCAGUUCCUCUGAUUCUCUCAGCUCCUGCUUUUGCCUCUGUCGAGUUCCGUCGGAGUGACCGCCUUCGGUCUUCGUGUUGGGCGUUUGAGGGGGGGACUUAGAUUCGGAAGCUUCGAUGGCGUUUUCAAGAGGUUGUAGUCAGCGUAAUCUGCAAUGCUUUCUUGACUCGGUCACGCCAAUCGUUCCUUCAAGAACAGCUUCCCGGCAAUUUUAGUAGAUCCACUGCUGGUAUGAAUUAUUACGCACUGCAAAUUAGAUUAUUGAUAUGUGGAAGAAUUCGGUUACACAAUUCAGUUCAAGCACACACGUCACUCAUCCAACGUGUAUGUAUAAGUACCAAAUCCACAUAUUUAUGACUGACCUGCGAGGCAGAACAUAGCCACAUUCACGAUAUCAACCAUCUAUGGCAACCUGCUGGUAAGGAAAUGAUCGAAUACUUUGAGCUGCAUGAUCUUUGGCACAGCUACGAAGAAUGGAGCGCAUUUGGUGUCAGUACUAAAGUUGUGUUAAGUAAUGGACAGACAGUUAAGCAAUAUUAUGUGCCCUAUCUCUCGGCAAUCCAAAUUUACACUAACCGCUCCAUUGUUUCCACCAGGACCAAAGCGGAGGGAAAUGUCGCAGUGGAAUUUGAAAGCGACUCGUGGAGUGAUGAUAGUGGCAGCGAUAAGCUAUCAAGGUCCCUAAGCAACAAUUCGAGCAAGACUUGGGAUAGCAUCUCCGAAGAUUCGAGCUCGGACCAGCCAGUUUCAUGGCCAAUGAGGGAUAAUGGCUCCAUCUACUUGGAGUACUUCGAGGCAUGUUCUCCUAACUGGAGAAUUCCUUUGUCGAAUAAGAUAACCGAAUUAACAAAAGAUCAUCAGGCACUGACAACUCUUAGAAGCAUGGAUAUAUCUCCCGCAAGCUGGAUGGCUGUAGCUUGGUAUCCAAUUUACCAUAUUCCAAGCAGCAGCAACAAUAAGGACUUGCUGACUUGCUUUCUGACUUAUCACACAUUGUCCUCAUCAUUCCUAGAUUGUACUGAUGAUUUUUAUGAGGACGAUGAAUGCCAUCCUCUUUACAUGGACAGUAAACUGAAGGGGGUCGGUUCUGACCAAAUUCCGAUUAGUCCGUUUGGGUUGGCUACGUACAAGAUGCGAGGCGACCUCUGGGCGAAACCAGGCACGUACGAGCAUCUCAAGUUCACCCACCUCCACAACGCGGCGCAUUCCUGGGUGAAGCAGCUCAACAUUUACCAUCAUGACUUGAACUUCUUCAGCCGCGACUCUAUUGUAUAAACUUGUUUUUGUAAAGCAGCUUUUUUUUUUUUCCCCCAACCGGCUUUUCUCCAUUCUUGUCGAGUAGAGCCCUCCAGCACCACCCCCACCUGAUUCCGCGACUCGGAAGAUGCAGCAGAGAGCUCCCCAAGUUGUGGUUGCACCGUGAACCGGAGGAAACAGUUCCGUGCUCUGUUGCUAAUCUAUGUGAUGGCUUUGGUCUAGGAAGUUUUGUUGGAGA